UACAACGCGUGUCCGCAGGCGAAAUGGCGGCACGACGUUGCAAGUGGCUGUCGCUGUUGCUGCCUGUGCUGCUGGCAACAGCAACGACGAGAGCAGCCACAAGCGGAGUAGCAACUGCAGCGGAAUUUCAUGGGCUGAGCGCUGAGAAUGCAGCUCGCAUGUUGGCGGGCAGUCCAGGCGAGGCGAACCACAGUGAAAUGUCGCUAGUGCUGCCACACGAUACGUAUCCGGGCUUUAGCAUCAAGAAGUUCAAAACGCGUCCAUUGCAUGCGGCGCUGAAUCACAGCAAAGGCAACAGCAGCAGCCAAAGUGAAGCGCCUGCUGCGUAUCGCAUGCUCGAUAGCGAUUAUUCGAAAUAUUUUACUGUACUAGACGAUGGUGUAGUAAUGACUACAGCGGAUAUAUCGCCGUUGGUCAAUCGUCCAGUGCAGUUGCUGGUUGUGGAGGAGACGCCCAAUGUAACCAAUACGCAUAGCUUGCAGCUUUUUGUCAUGCAUCGCAAGGAUAUGCUGCGCUUCAGCGGUUCGCUGCUCGAUGCCAGCGGCGAGGUGCGUGAGAAUCAACCCGCGGGCACACGCGUGCGUGGUGUGCCCUUGAUGCAGGCCUUCAGUGGUUCCAUACUGGAUGAGGAGCUGGCGCAGCCCAAGAAGGUGCGCUACACCAUCAUCGAUGGCAAUGUGGGCGAUGCUUUUGCGCUGCAGGAACGACGCGCCAAUCAGAAUAUACAACUGCAUGCCAAGUCUUUGGUUAUUGCGGGCGACGAUGAGGCGGGGGUGUGGCUGGUAACAAAUCGUCCAUUGGAUCGCGAACAGCGUGCGCACUACGAUUUAUCAGUUGAAGCCUCCGAUGUUGAUGGUCUCGAUAAAACUGUAUCCAAAAUACAAAUUAGCGUGCUCGAUGAAAACGACAAUCGUCCCGUGUUCAAGGCACAGGAAUAUAAAUUCGCUUUGGCUGGCCAAAAGUCCAACAGCCUCGAUAGCAACAGCAGCAUAAGCUGGCAGCGUUUUGCUAUUUUAGGCAAAGUGGAGGCCACCGAUGCCGACGGCGAUAAGCUCGCCUAUCGCAUUAAGAAUCCCAGCAAUGUGGUCAUCAUUGUGCCGCAAACUGGCGAAAUUAUGCUCGCCGGCGAGCCCACCUCGAAUGAGCUUUUAAUUGAGGUCAUCGCACAUGAUCUGCGCUAUCCCAGUCUGCUGAGUGCGCAGCCAGCCAAGGUGCUGUUGGAGUUUCUGGCACCCGAACCGAUUUCGUUUAUUAUGCAACACUUGGAGCACGAUGAGUUCAACCCGCACUCGCAUCAUCGUGAGAAGCGUCGCGUUACACGCGCCGUGCGGCCCACCAAACGCAUCGAGUUCACUGAGGCCGAUGGCGAUACCGAGGGCAAGUCUGUGUUUCAGCUGGAGAAGGAGACGGAUAAGGAAACAUUUAAAAUACGCGAUGAUAAUCCUUGGGUUACGGUCGAAACAAAUGGCGCUGUGCGUGUGAAGAAGAAGUGGGACUAUGAGGAGCUGGGACCAGAUAAGACCAUCGAUUUCUGGGUUAUUAUUACCAACACGGGACACAAUGCUGGCAUUAAGUAUACGGACAACCAGCGUGUGAUUAUUUUAGUCAAAGACGUUAACGAUGAGCCGCCGUAUUUUAUUAAUCGCCCACUGCCCAUGCAGGCGGUGGUGCAACUAAAUGCGCCACCCAAUACGCCCGUGUUUACGCUUCAGGCACGCGAUCCGGAUACGGAUCAUAAUAUACAUUACUUCAUUGUGCGCGAUCGCACGGGCGGACGCUUUGAGGUCGAUGAGCGUUCGGGUGUGGUGCGCACGCGCGGCACAGAUCUCUUCCAGCUCGAUAUGGAAUAUGUGCUCUAUGUCAAGGCUGAGGAUCAGAACGGCAAAGUGGACGAUCGUCGCUUCCAGAGCACGCCCGAGGAGCGUCUGUCCAUUGUGGGCGGCAAGCGUGCGCCUCAGUUCUAUAUGCAAAACUAUGAGGCCGAAAUACCAGAGAAUCAGAAAAAGGACUCCGACAUCAUUUCGGUAAAGGCCAAAUCCUUUGCGGACCGCGAGAUACGCUAUACAUUGAAGGCCCAGGGACAGGGUGCGGGCACAUUCAACAUUGGACCCACAUCGGGCAUUGUGAAGCUGGCCAAGGAGCUGGACUUUGAGGACCUGCGACAACCGCACGUUUAUUCGCUGAUUGUGACAGCUACAGAGGACUCGGGUGGCUUCUCCAUGAUGGUUGAUCUUGUCAUACGCGUUACCGAUGUUAACGACAAUGCGCCCAAGUUCGAGCUGCCGGACUAUCAGGCGCAUAAUGUGGAUGAGGACAUACCGCUGGGCACAAGCAUAUUGCGUGUCAAGGCGAUGGAUGCGGACUCUGGCGCCAAUGCGGAAAUCGAAUAUCUGGUAUCCGAUGAUCAUUUCGCUGUCGACUCCAAUGGCAUUAUAGUCAACAACAAGCAGCUCGAUGCGGACAACAAUAAUGCCUACUAUGAGUUCCUGGUCACGGCAAAGGAUAAAGGCGAACCCGCCAAAUCAGGCACCGCUACUGUGCGUGUUUACACCAAGAACAAGAACGACGAGGAGCCCAAGUUUUCGCAACAAGUCUACACACCCAAUGUGGAUGAGAAUGCCGGUCCCAAUACUUUGGUCACCACUGUCGUUGCCAGCGACAAAGAUGGCGACAAUGUGCGCUUUGGCUUUGUGGGCGGCGGCACCAGCUCGGGCCAGUUUGUGAUCGAGGACAUCACCGGUGUCAUUCGUCUGCAUAACAAAGCCAUUAGCCUGGACCGCGACAAGUACGAACUGAAUGUGACUGCCAUGGAUGAUGGUUCCUGCUGCGUCAAUGGCGAUCAGACAAUUCACACAUCCACUGCUGUGGUUGUUGUCUUCAUCACCGAUGUUAACGACAAUAAGCCUGUGUUCAAGGACUGCGGCACUUACUAUCCCAAAGUGGAGGAGGGUGCGCCCAAUGGCAGUCCAGUGAUCAAGGUGGUGGCCACCGAUGAGGACAAGGGCGUGAAUGGACAGGUUAAAUACUCCAUAGUGCAGCAACCGAAUCAAAAGGGCACCAAGUUUACAGUGGACGAAGAAACAGGCGAAGUGUCAACAAACAAAGUUUUCGAUCGUGAAGGCGACGAUGGCAAAUUUGUGUCCGUAACAGUCAAGGCAACAGAUCAAGGUGAUCCCAGCUUGGAAGGCGUCUGCUCAUUUACUGUGGAAAUAACCGAUGUUAAUGAUAAUCCGCCGCUGUUUGAUCGACAGAAAUAUGUGGAGAAUGUUAAGCAGGAUGCCAGCAUUGGCACAAACAUUUUGCGUGUCUCAGCCUCCGAUGAGGAUGCCGAUAAUAAUGGUGCUAUUGUUUAUAGUCUGAGUGCUCCGUUCAAUCCCAACGACUUGGAAUACUUUGAUAUACAAGCUGAAUCUGGUUGGAUAGUGUUGAAGAAGCCGCUUGACGGUUGUUAUCCUCGCGAUCGUUAUCGCCUGCGUGUGCGUGCCUCGGAUCGUGGUGAUCCGCCCUCGUAUGCCGAUGUUGAUGUUGAGUUAGAUGUCGUCGAUCGGAAUAAUAAGCCGCCCAUAUGGGAUAAGAGCACUUAUGGGCCCAUUUAUAUACGUGAGAAUGUUACUGUGGGUAGCCGUGUAACAUCGGUUAAGGCAAGUUCGGGCAUUGAGGGCAAUCCAACGGUUUUCUAUAGAUUAAUGCCUGGGUCGACGGCACAGACAAAUAAAUUUCAUACAUUUUAUUUGCAACAAAGACCGGAUAAUGGUGAUACGUGGGCCGAUAUAAAGGUUAAUCAUCCGCUGGAUUAUGAAAGUAUAAAGGAAUAUAAUCUGACCAUACGUGUGGAGAAUAAUGGCGCACAGCAAUUGGCAUCGGAAGCGACCGUUUACAUAAUGCUCGAGGAUGUUAAUGACGAAAUACCGUUAUUCACCGAACGCGAACAGGAAACAGUGCUGGAGGGUGAACCGAUUGGCACCAAAGUGACACAAGUGAAUGCCAUCGACAAGGACGGCACAUUCCCAAAUAAUCAGGUUUACUACUACAUCGUCGAUUCGCCACGUAACGAGGGCAAAGAAUUUUUUGAAAUUAAUUUGCAAAGCGGCGAAAUCUUUACCAAAACCGUAUUCGAUAGAGAGAAGAAGGGCGCCUACGCCCUCGAAGUGGAGGCCAGAGACGGCGCCCCCUCUGCCCGGCCCAACAGCAAUGGACCCAAUUCAGUCACCAAAUUCAUACGCAUUGGCAUUGCUGAUAAGAACGACAAUCCGCCGUAUUUCGAUAAAUCGCUGUAUGAGGCUGAAGUGGAUGAGAACGAGGAUAUACAGCACACAGUGUUGACAGUGACGGCGAAGGAUCAUGAUGAGUCAUCACGCAUACGCUAUGAAAUCACCAGCGGUAACAUUGGUGGCGCUUUUGCGGUUAAAAAUAUGACGGGCGCCAUUUAUGUAGCCGGCGCUUUGGAUUACGAAACACGACGCAGGUAUGAGCUGCGCUUGGCUGCCUCUGAUAAUCUGAAGGAGAACUAUACAACGGUUAUCAUACAUGUCAAGGAUGUCAAUGACAAUCCGCCAGUGUUUGAGCGUCCCACGUAUCGCACUCAAAUCACCGAAGAAGAUGAUCGCAAUUUGCCCAAGCGUGUGCUGCAGGUCACCGCCACCGAUGGCGACAAGGACCGUCCACAGAAUAUUGUUUACUUCCUCACUGGCCAAGGCAUAGAUCCCGAUAAUCCAGCUAAUAGCAAAUUUGAUAUAAAUCGCACCACUGGCGAAAUCUUUGUGCUAAAGCCCUUGGAUCGCGAUCAACCGAAUGGACGACCGCAGUGGCGUUUUACAGUGUUUGCGCAGGAUGAGGGAGGCGAAGGACUUGUGGGCUAUGCCGAUGUGCAAGUGAAUUUGAAGGACAUCAAUGACAAUGCGCCCAUCUUUCCGCAAGGCGUUUACUUUGGCAAUGUAACUGAAAAUGGCACCGCCGGCAUGGUGGUUAUGACAAUGACUGCUGUGGACUACGAUGAUCCCAAUGAGGGUUCCAAUGCGCGCUUGGUCUACUCGAUAGAGAAAAAUGUUAUAGAGGAGGAGACGGGCUCGCCUAUAUUUGAAAUCGAACCCGAUACGGGAGUGAUUAAGACCGCCGUGUGCUGUUUGGAUCGCGAGCGCACACCGGACUAUUCAAUACAAGUGGUGGCAAUGGAUGGCGGGGGGUUAAAGGGGACGGGCACGGCGUCUAUACGUGUCAAGGAUAUUAACGAUAUGCCGCCGCAAUUUACGAAGGACGAAUGGUUUACCGAAGUGGAUGAAACCGAUGGCACAGCGCUGCCCGAGAUGCCCAUACUAACGGUAACGGUGCACGAUGAGGAUGAGACAAACAAGUUUCAGUACAAAGUUAUCGAUAACAGCGGCUAUGGUGCCGAUAAGUUUACCAUGGUGCGUAACAACGACGGCACCGGUUCGCUUAAGAUUGUGCAGCCGCUGGACUAUGAGGAUCAGCUGCAAAGCAACGGCUUUCGCUUUCGCAUACAAGUGAAUGACAAGGGCGAGGAUAAUGACAACGAUAAAUAUCAUGUGGCCUAUUCGUGGGUGGUGGUCAAGCUGCGCGACAUAAACGACAACAAGCCGCUGUUCGAUCGCGCCAAUGUGGAGGUGUCUGUGUUCGAAGACACCAAAGUGGGCACCGAGCUGGAGAAGUUCAAGGCCACCGAUCCGGAUCAGGGCGGCAAGAGCAAAGUGUCCUACUCCAUUGAUCGCUCCUCCGAUCGUCAGCGACAGUUUGCCAUCAAUCAAAAUGGUUCGGUUACCAUUCAGCGUUCGCUCGAUCGCGAAGUUGUGCCCAGACAUCAAGUGAAGAUUCUGGCUAUUGAUGAUGGUUCGCCACCCAAGACAGCCACAGCUACGUUGACAGUCAUUGUGCAGGAUAUAAACGAUAAUGCACCCAAGUUCUUGAAGGACUAUCGUCCUGUGCUGCCCGAGCAUGUGCCGCCACGCAAGGUGGUUGAAAUUCUGGCGAACGAUGACGAUGAUCGCUCCAAGAGCAAUGGACCACCCUUCCAAUUCCGUUUGGACCCCAGCGCUGAUGACAUAAUACGCGCCUCCUUCAAAGUGGAACAAGAUCAGAAGGGCGCCAAUGGCGAUGGCAUGGCUGUCAUCUCAUCGCUGCGCUCGUUCGAUCGCGAGCAGCAAAAGGAAUACAUGAUACCCAUUGUGAUAAAGGAUCACGGCUCGCCGGCAAUGACGGGCACCAGCACCUUGACUGUCAUCAUAGGCGAUGUGAAUGAUAAUAAGAUGCAGCCUGGCUCCAAGGACAUAUUCGUAUACAACUAUCAAGGACAGUCGCCCGAUACGCCCAUCGGACGCGUUUACGUCUACGAUUUGGACGAUUGGGAUUUGCCUGAUAAGAAGUUCUACUGGGAGGCGCAGGAGCAUCCGCGCUUUAAGCUGGACGAGGACUCGGGCAUGGUGACCAUGAGAGCGGGCACACGCGAAGGACGUUACCAUUUGCGCUUCAAGGUGUACGAUAGAAAACACACACAGACAGAUGUGCCAGCUAAUGUCACUGUAUUGGUGCGGGAAAUUCCACACGAUGCAGUCAUCAACUCCGGCUCGGUGCGUCUAUCCGGCAUAUCCGAUGAGGACUUCAUUAGAGUAUGGAACUAUCGCACGCAGAGCUUGAGUCGCUCCAAGCUGGACAGAUUCCGCGAUAAGCUGGCGGAUCUGCUGAACAUCGAGCGAGAGAACGUGGACAUCUUCAGUGUGCAGCUGAAGCGGCGCAAUCCGCCGCUGACCGAUGUGCGCUUCUCGGCACAUGGCUCACCCUACUACAAGCCCGUCCGGCUCAAUGGCAUUGUGCUCAUGCAUCGCGAGGAGAUCGAAAAGGAUGUGGGCAUUAACAUCACCAUGGUUGGCAUCGACGAGUGUCUGUACGAGAAUCAAAUGUGCGAGGGCAGCUGCACCAAUGUGCUCGAGAUCAGUUCACUGCCCUACAUGGUGAAUGCCAACAAGACGGCGUUGGUGGGCGUGCGCGUGGACACCUUGGCGGACUGCACGUGCGGCGCGCGCAACUUCAGCAAACCCGAGUCCUGCCGCAAUACUCCUUGCCACAAUGGCGGACGCUGCGUGGACACGCGCUUUGGUCCGCACUGCAGCUGCGCCUUGGGCUAUGCUGGCCCGCGUUGUCAGCAGACCACGCGCAGCUUCCGCGGCAAUGGCUGGGCCUGGUAUCCACCGCUCGAGAUGUGCGAUCAAUCGCAUUUGAGCCUGGAGUUUAUAACACGCAAACCCGACGGCCUGAUUAUCUACAAUGGGCCCAUUGUGCCGCCCGAGCGCGAUGAGCUCAUCAUCUCGGACUUUAUUGCACUCGAACUGGAGCGUGGCUAUCCCAGGCUGCUCAUCGACUUUGGCUCCGGCACUCUGGAGCUGCGCGUCAAGACCAAAAAGACUUUGGACGACGGCGAAUGGCAUCGCAUUGAUUUGUUCUGGGACACCGAAAAUAUUCGCAUGGUCGUUGAUUUCUGCAAGUCCGCGGAGAUUAGCGAAAUGGAGGACGGCACUCCGCCGGAGUUCGAUGACACCAGUUGCCAGGCACGCGGACAAAUUCCAGCGUUCAAUGAGUAUUUGAAUGUCAAUGCGCCAUUGCAGGUGGGCGGUCUGUAUCGCGAGACAUUCGAGCAGUCGCUCUAUAUGUGGCACUAUAUGCCCACGGCCAAGGGCUUCGAUGGCUGCAUACGGAAUCUGGUGCACAACUCGAAGCUGUACGAUCUGGCGCAUCCGGGACUGUCGCGCAACAGCGUUGCCGGCUGCCCACAAACGGAGGAGGUGUGCGCACAGACCGAGACCACAGCCCGUUGCUGGGAGCAUGGCAACUGCGUUGGCUCGCUGUCCGAGGCGCGUUGCCAUUGCCGUCCCGGCUGGACGGGACCUGCCUGCAAUAUUCCCACAGUGCCGACAACGUUCAAGGCGCAGAGCUAUGUCAAAUACGCGCUGAGCUUUGAGCCGGAUCGCUUUAGCACGCAGGUGCAGCUGCGUUUCCGCACGCGCGAGGAGCACGGCGAGCUGUUCCGAGUGAGCGAUCAGCAUAAUCGCGAGUACGGCAUAUUGGAGAUCAAAGAGGCGCGUCUGCAUUUCCGCUACAAUUUGAAUUCGCUGCGCACGGAGGAGAAAGAUCUGUGGCUAAACUCGGUGGCGGUUAACGAUGGGCAAUGGCAUGUGGUGCGCAUUAAUCGCUAUGGCUCGGCGGCAACGCUGGAGUUGGACGGCGGCGAGGGCAGACGCUAUAAUGAGACGUUUGAGUUCUCGGGCCAUCAGUGGCUGCUGGUGGACAAGCAGGAGGGCGUCUAUGCUGGCGGCAAGGCUGAGUACACGGGUGUGCGCACGUUCGAAGUGUAUGCGGAUUAUCAGAAGAGCUGUUUGGAUGAUAUACGCUUGGAGGGCAAACAUUUGCCUUUGCCUCCAGCCAUGAAUGGCACACAAUGGGGUCAAGCUACUAUGGCGCGCAAUCUGGAGAAAGGUUGUCCCUCUAACAAACCUUGCUCCAAUGUUAUAUGUCCCGAUCCCUUCGAGUGCGUAGAUCUAUGGAAUGUGUAUGAGUGCACUUGCGGCGAGGGACGUAUCAUGUCGCCCGAUUCAAAGGGCUGCAUGGAUCGCAAUGAGUGUCUCGAUAUGCCUUGUCUCAAUGGCGCCACUUGUAUUAACCUUGAGCCGCGUCUGCGCUAUCGCUGCAUCUGUCCCGAUGGCUUCUGGGGCGAGAAUUGUGAGCUGGUGCAAGAGGGUCAGACCCUUAAGCUGAGCAUGGGCGCCUUGGCGGCCAUACUCGUUUGCCUGCUGAUCAUACUGAUACUCGUGCUGGUCUUUGUGGUGUACAAUCGUCGACGCGAGGCGCAUAUUAAAUAUCCCGGACCCGACGAUGAUGUGCGCGAAAAUAUUAUCAACUAUGAUGAUGAAGGCGGCGGCGAGGAUGAUAUGACAGCCUUUGAUAUUACGCCAUUGCAAAUACCAAUUGGUGGGCCAAUGCCGCCAGAGCUGGCGCCUAUGAAAAUGCCUAUAAUGUAUCCCGUAAUGACAUUAAUGCCCGGGCAGGAACCCAAUGUGGGCAUGUUCAUUGAGGAGCAUAAAAAGCGCGCCGACGGCGAUCCAAAUGCGCCGCCAUUCGAUGAUUUACGCAAUUAUGCGUAUGAAGGCGGCGGCAGCACAGCAGGUUCACUCAGUUCGUUGGCCUCAGGCACCGAUGAUGAGCAGCAGGAGUACGAUUACCUUGGCGCCUGGGGGCCGCGUUUCGAUAAGCUGGCCAAUAUGUAUGGCCCGGAGGCGCCCAAUCCACAUAGCACCGAGCUCGAAUUGUAAGUUCACAGCCAAAAAUACUCAAAUUAAAGAAAAGUAGCAAUGCAAAACUUACAUUGAAUACUAAAGCGCAGUUAGUUAGCCACAAACAAGUUGCAUUUAAAAUUAAACUACAUACAGACAACUGUCGCUUGUCGCUGUCUCUUUCUGACUUACACACAAAGAAGCGCAACCAAAGAAGCUGUUGGCAAAAAUAUAAAAAAAAAACACUCUUAAGUUUAAUAUAUAAAAACAAAAGGUAAAUCAAACACAUUUGACACACGCGAAAUGACAUUUGUAAAAAAUACUUCAUGAGCAUUUAAAUUUAAACGAGAAAUUUAUAUUUAAUGAUUAAAAUUAAUUAAUUUAUUAAGCAUAUAGACAAGACAACAAAAAUGAAUUUUUCGAAACACUUUUUAUGAGAAUGAAGACGAGUUAAUGCGUUGACGAUGAGCAUAGAUCAUACCAAAGCUUAAUUUAACAUUUAAAUCUUUUAAUUUUUACAAACUAUUGCUUUAAAAUUAAACAAUU